AUGUCUGGCCAGGCGAAGCAAAAUUUAACCAGCCUUGGGUCUGUAUCCAUGUGCGUGGCAAUGGACAAGUCCGGCAGCACGUGGGGAAAGACUUUGGCGACGGAGGUCUCUGUGGUGAAAGAGAUUUGCCGACUUCGCGCAUCCACAAACAUCCAUCCUGUCAAUCUCCUGCCUUGGUGCGAUUCAACCUUGAAGCCAAUCAAACUCCCAGAGAACAAUGUCGCCAUGGAAGCUCUCACAGGAGGCGGCGGGACAAAUCCAGGUGUCCUUUACAAGUCUGAGGACUGUCUAAAGAUCAUCCAAGACUCGGAUCUCUGGUUUCUUCUCACAGACGGCCAAAUCGACGACCGAUUGGUUGAAAACUUCGCUCUCCAAACCACUAAGAGCGGUGUGCACAACAAAUCAGUUGUUAUCAUCGUAUUUGACAGUUUCAGUGCCGGCCCCCCCUUUGAGCGCAAUAUCUCUGUGGGCAUUGCGCUGUAUGCUGUAACUCCAAACAGUUUGUUCUUGUUCUACGACCUAUCCAGUGGUAAGAUCAAACUCAUGCAAGCCAAGGGUAGCUUCGCGAGUUUGCUUCCCAGGAAGAACAAUGAGUAUGUGCAGCCAAAAAUCAGUAAAUGGACGACGUGGGCCGAACUCCCUCAGGUGGCCUUGGAAGAUCUCCAACGCGUGCAGGUGGCAUCUGUAAUGGCACUCACUGAGCAGGAAAUGGCGCUUCCAGACGGACUGAUUGUCAAAAUGGAGGACCUCCUGUCUGGUGACGUCGACCCAGGAACCAUCGAGCAGAUCAUGAAAAAUGAUGAUAAUUUAAAGAGUAUCGUCCUGGCCUCCAUGAUGAGAGGAACCGGAAAAGAGCUUGAUGCUUUUCUGGAGUCGCAAAAGUUGCCUAUGCCGGAGAGGAGUACCCUACGCCACGACGUCGGUCAGGCGCAGAAGGCGGUCACACAGCUUCUCGAGGCAUUGAAUAACCACUCAGACAAGGAUGAGCUAGAACGUCUCCGACAGGCUUUACGAAAGGCUCAUGAGAAGAAUGUGCUUUACAUGAAACAUCAGAGACGCGACGAAGACGACAGAAGAGUACAGGCCGUAGCACAAAAUCAGAAAAUGAGGUGGGGCCAAAACAGGGGCCUUCUUAAGAAAGGCAAGCCGGACAGGUGGGACCUUGGCGAUAACAUGGGAGAUGUGGACGAGUGGGACUGCGAGCAAAGAGACUGGAGAAGGGAAGAAGCGGGCAUGUCUGCCGAUCAAGUGUUCUUGCCUGGGUUCAUCCGGAAAGAGCCUAUCGAUGAGUUUAAGGGCAAUUGCAUGCUCUGUCGCCGAGACUCGGUACUCGCUCUUCUCCUCAAGGCGCCUCCAAGUUUUCAGACGCCGAACUUUCCUGACCAGGGGUCAUACUCCAGGCUGACCUUUCCAUUGGCAAUGGGUAGCUUUGCAGAGCUCGAUGUCAUGUCCUAUUUUGUCUGUUGUGACUGCUGCGCCCACUAUCUCGUGCACAAUGGCAUGUCACCAGAAGGGGAAACAAUCAUCAAUGCACUUUGUCUGGUUGGGGUCAACAACAACCAAGGCGCCUGGCUCGAGAGGCUGGAAGCCGCUGUCAGAGGAAGAUUCGAAAUCAAGGAUCUUUGGGCAAUUUAUCUUGCUAUCUUGGACAAGAUGAUCACUGAGAAUGAUAUGCGUCGUGCCGCAGCGGGUGCCAAAUCACUCUUUUCUGAUGCUGCAAGCUGGGUCGUUCAACGCCUUGAGAAGAUCACACAAGUCUCCUCAACAUUGAGUCCGGCGUUCGGCGCUCAAGACUCCUCGCAGCUGACGGUCCUCAGUGACAUUCUUGCAAACGAGAAAUUUAAUGACCCUGGCAGGACUGACAAUGUCGACAUCUACCUCCUUCGAUACCCACUUCCUGGCUUUCCAGCGAUCUUCCGGCUGUUAAGAAAUCAUCUGGGCGCCGAUCAGCUGCGCCAAGUUCUUUUCCAGAGACUGGUGUUUCAUCUGAUCGAGGCGUUCUUCAGCGAGCGAGGUGGCACUGCCAUCUCACCACAGAAGCAGACGCUUCUUGAUAAAAUGCUGGGUCUCGACACCAGUGACGGCAUAGCUGCACUACAGCAAGAUAACAUUGUCGCAGAGGUCGCAGUAGGGAUGCUUGUGGACCAGAAUCUCCUAGAACCAGGAGUGAUUUCUAGCUUUCGAGCAAUCCCCGAGUUCGAGGACAUCGAGAGACAAGCUAGACCAGCUCUUGCCGUCUUUCUGCAUUAUUUGACGGAGUCUGGAAGGUUGUAUACUUCCUCUGUUGCGUGCUUUAAUGCCCUGAAGGGAAACUCAUCGACGAGAGAGGUGCUCCAACUUCCACUUAAAAUCGACCAGAAGAAGGCGAAGGGCGUGAUUUCUCAAAUUCAUUUGUAG